AUGAACAUCAGUCAGCAGAACAUGUCCCAGCAGUGUAGGCUGGACACCAGGAUCUCCUCGGUCCUCUUCCCCUGCCUGUACACCGCCCUCUUCCUGGCCGCAAUCGUUCUCAACAGCCUGGCCGCCUGGGUCUUCUUCCAGAUCCCCAGCAGCUCCACGUUCAUGGUCUACCUGAAGAACGUGGUGGCGGCCGACCUGCUCAUGACUCUGGCCGUGCCCGUGAAGGUACUGACGGACGCUGGCAUGGGGUCGAUCGCUCUGCGUGCCUUCUACUGCCGCUACGCGGGCGUACUCUUCUACAUCACCAUGUACAUCAGCAUCCUCCUGCUGGGGCUCAUCAGCCUGGACCGCUACCUGAAGAUCGUGAGACCCUUCGGAAAGUGCGCCCUGCAGAGCGUCGGCGUGGGCAAAGCAGUGUGCGCGGGAGUCUGGGUCAUCAUGUUGUCCCUGGCGCUUCCCAACGUGAUUCUGACUAACAGGGAGCCGCCGGUGUCCAGCAAGGGGAGGCUGAAGUGCAGCAGCAUGAAAAACGCCCUCGGUCUGCGCUGGCAUGAGGGAUUUAACUACUUCUGCCAGGUGAUUUUCUGGGGCGUGCUGGGCCUGAUGGCCGUCUGCUACACGUUUAUUAGCAGGAAGGUGUACGAGUCGUAUCGGGCCUCACGAGGGAGUUCCGGCGCUGCCAGCAGGCGCACCAAGUCUAAGGUCUUCGUAGUGGUGGGAGUUUUUUUUGUGUGCUUCGCGCCAUUUCACUUGGCCCGAGUGCCCUACACUCUCACCCAGACGCGGAACACGACCCUCUGCUGGGCUCAGAAUCAGCUCUACUUGGCAAAGGAGAUCACGCUCUGGCUAUCGGCCACCAACAUUUGCCUGGACCCUCUUAUCUACGUCUUCCUGUGCAGCGUCUUCCGCAGGAAGCUGAUUGCCAUGCUCACCCGCAGACCUUUGGCCGACGGACCGCUGGAGUCUCAUACAGAGACCUCGACCAAGCAGGAUGUGUCCCAUACAGUCCAGUUUAACAAGUCUAAUGGGAGCCAAACUUAUUAAUGCCAACAGGAGAAUCAGGGUUCUUUUGUACAGCGGGCCUGAU